AUGACUUACCAACCCGCUAUUAUGAGCGUCUCGCUAAGGCGAGCUUGGCUUCAAGGUUUCGACUACAGAAUAAGCCAAGCUGCAAACACAGGCUUUCAAGUAAUAGAGGUGUUCUACGAGGACCUCGAGUACACUGCGCGCGAUAUUCCUGGUAAGGAUACUCCUACAGCAGACCAACUCUUCCAAGUGGCAGAUCACAUCCACUCAGUCUGUCAACCCCAAGGUCUCGAAAUCAUUGGUCUUCAACAAUUGCUUCUCUACGAAAGACCGAGGGAUCGAGAGCAACAUGCAAAACUGAUCAAAAAGAUGGUCUCUUGGCUGCAAAUCGUCAAGCGACUACACACAACCACGAUCCAAAUCCUCGCCAACUUUCUCUCCGCGGACCAACUCACCGAUGACUUCGAUAUCAUCGCAGCCGACUUGAGACAAGUUGCAGCUAUGGCAGUUGCUGAGACUCCCUUCGUAUGUUUUGCAUAUGAGAAUCUGUUCUGGAGUACACAUCUUGACACAAGAGAGAAACUCUGGACCGUUGUGAAGCGCGUUGGCUGA